AAGAAAAAUUGGUAAUUUGUUUGACACAAAUCAGCUUGUAGAGCUUCAGCGUGAGUUUGUUAGCAAAACGAAAUAAGUUUAGUAAACGCGUGAGCUUGUCGUAAAUAAAAUAGUGUUACGGGUUUUUUUUUUCUUUAUCGUCGUGAACUUCAGAAGUAGCGUCAAUAAAGUCACUCGUACUCGUAAAAGUUAGCUAUGUAACUUAGCCGCGAAAGCUAAAAACAACUGUAGCUGUUCAGGUAGCUUUUAACUUCCCUUAAACUAGCAGAUGACAAUGUAAGACCAUGGUGGUUUUGAGAGGAGGGAUGUGCCCUGGACUGGAUGAGGAUUUAGUGCGUGGCCUGCGUGCUGUCGAUAUUAAAACAGUGGAGGAUUUGGUCUCGUCGGACAUAGAGGAGCUUGCUCAGAAAUGCUCAGUAUCAUAUAAGGCACUGUUUGCCAUCCGUCGAGUGCUGCUGGCCCAGCACACCGCAUUCCCCGUGUCAGGUGCUGAUCUGUAUGAAGAACUAUUGAGCUCAACAGCCAUCCUCUCCACUGGAAAUCCCAGCUUAGAUAAAGUGCUGGAUUCAGGCUUGUAUACUGGAGAGAUAACAGAGCUGUCAGGAGGCCCGGGAAGUGGCAAAUCUCAGGUGUGUUUUGGCGUUGCAGUGCACAUUUCUUAUCACCUUAAACAGAGUGUAAUAUUCAUCGAUACGACUGGAGGGCUGACUGCCAGACGCUUGCUUCAAAUGCUGCAAGCUGAAACAAAUAAUACAGAAGAGCAGAUGGAAGCUCUUCAGAGGAUCCAUAUCUUCCGUUUGUUUGACGUUUUCUCUUUACUCGACUGUCUGUACGGUCUUCGCAGUGGCAGGCUUCAGCAGGCGUCUGUUGGCGGUGGCUCCGUCAAGGCGGUGAUCGUGGACUCCGUGUCAGCUGUUAUCGCUCCUCUACUGGGAGGCAAACAAAAUGAUGGCAUGUCCUUGAUGAUACAAGUGGCAGGAGUUCUUAAGACGAUGGCAAAGGACUUCAAUGUUGCUGCUUUGGUUACAAACCAUGUUACGAGAAGUGGCAGCGGGGAGUUGCAGCCGGGCCUCGGCGUGUCGUGGAGUCACAUCCCCAGAACCCGGAUCCUGCUGGAGCACGUAGAGGAGGCCACGGCCGUCAGCCACUCCAGUCUGCGCUCUGCAACACUGAUCAAGUCUUCCAGACAGCCAUGUCACAUCAAAGAAGAGUUCGACUUGCAGUGGUGGAGUCGCUCUAAAGAAGGAUCCUCAGGAAAGAGAAAACUGGAUGAGACUGAUUCCUGAUGAGAGCAAACUGCAAUAUUCUGCUUAAAUGUCUGAUCAAAGGGAGGUACAACGCGCCUCUUGCGGAUACAUUCCCAGAUCCAGCUGGGUGACACUCUCUGGGCCUGGCUGUCCUCGUCAGGUUCAGCCAGCGUGUGUGUGGCCGAGGCUGCGUCGUAGUCCGGCACGAGGUCCCCGUCGUACGCCACAAAGUACCGCCUCAGUUUGUCAAAGUCCUGCACUGAGACGGGCAGGAAAAGCUUCACCCCGCUGAAGAUGUCCAGCAGCGUCUACAGGAACCAACAAUACAAAUGGGUCAGCACAGGGUUGAUUUUCCCCAAGUACAAAGAAAUCACAAUUCUGACACUGAUUAAAA